AUGGAAGAGCUCCCCCGCUACAAUGCCCGGGAGUGUCUCAAGGCCCGGGCCGCCUGGGCCGCCUGGCAGGACAGGUGUUGGAUGCUGACGUGGCCGUCCCUGCUGAUUUUUGCGCUCUUCCUGCCGGCCGCCAUCGGCACAGCGCAAGGCAGCUCUGGUUUCCUGGGUCAGGGCGGCCUCUUCCUCUCGGGCGCCUGCGUGCUCGCCCUGCCUCUGGGCAUCCUGGCCCGCGUCUCCGCGUCGCCCUCGCGCUGGCGCCUGGCGGUGGGCAGCGCGGCGGCGCUUGCCGCACCGCUGCUCUCCACGCUGCCCAAGGCCUGGCGCCUCGAGCGGGAGGUGGCUGCCACCUUCCCCACGGAGCCACGUGAGCUGCGGAGGUCCCGGGCCGCGGCCUUCAGCGUGGGCGCCUGGAUGCUGGGCCCGCUGGCGGAGUUCGGGACCUGCACACUGCGGCCGCCGCAGACGGCGGCCUUUAAGACGCUCGAGAACGAAAGCCUGCUGAUGGACAUCUACACACCAGGUCCAGCCGAUGCUACCGGGGCGGCGAUCUAUUUUGUGCACGGCGGCUGGUGGUGGUCUGGCAGCCGGACCUGGUACCACGCCUGCUUCCUGGAGUAUUUCCUCCAAAGAGGAUUCCUGGUCGCUUCCGUGGACUACCGGCUGACGAGUAGCGGCCACGUAGCGGCCGAGCUGGUGGCAGAUGUUGCUGACGGCCUGCAUUAUCUGGUGGCCCACGCGAAUGAGCUCGGCAUCAACAAGAGCAGCAUCUUCGCCGUGGGCGAGUCCGCGGGGGGCCACUUGGCGGUCCUCUCCUCGCUGCUGCUGCCUGGGCUGGUGCGAGGGGUGGUGGACCUUUGGGGCAUCCAGGACCUGCUCCGAGGCCGGGCUUCUUCGAUUUCGAAGAACUGGCCGGAGGCGUAUGACCUGCUCUGCGGCGGCUCUCCCGACACAGCCCCAGGUUGCUUCAGCAACAUGAGCACCACUGCCCACGUCACAGCUCAGUCGCCGCCGAUGCUUUUGCUCCACGGGGAGGCGGACAGCGUCGUGGCGCCGGAGCACGCGACGCUGCUGGCCGCCCGCCUCUCGGAGUUCCAGGUCCCCCAUGUCUUGGCUCUGGCGCCGGGGCAGCAACACGGGUGCUGGGGCGUGCAGCAGGGGCCCUGCAUCCAGUGGCUGCUGUUUGCGGCCGAGCGGUUCUUCACCUGGGCUUUGCGUGACGACAAGUGCGACAGCGCGCGGCCCUUGGGCAUCUGCUCGUGGCCGGGAAGUGCUCGGAGCUUGCUUGCUGGGAAAGAAGUGCUGCAGCUGUUGCUGCUGCUGCUGCUGCUGCUGCUGCUGCUGCUGCUGCUGCUGCUGCUGCUGUUGCUGUUGUUUGGUGCUUGGUUCAUUGAUGGUUUGUGGCAGGUGGGCCUGAGGCUGAGUGUAGGGCAGCUACCCAUGAAAAAGGGCGCCACCAAAGGCGCGGUCGCAGCGGCGGUGGGGCUGCCCUUGGCCUGCGACAUGCUCGCCUUCACGUCCCCGUCGUCUCAGCCUGCACCACGGGUCGGCACGAACGCCGGCACAGUCGCGGGGGCACGCGCGGCAGCUGCUGCGUCAACCUCCUCGGGGGUGGCCGGGCCCGUCGCGACCGCGUCAGUGCUUGCGGGCGCCGCGUCCGUCCUGGGAAAGAGGCGCGCCAAGGGACCGAAGGCCAGCCCCACGGCGCGGCUCAGCACCACCACCGUGCUGGAGAAGGCCGCCACCGAGGCCACGGAGCCCGGGAAGAUCCUGGAGCGCUACGUCAAGGACAAGGGCGGCAGCCGGGUGCUGCGGAAGCUGCUCAUCGCCAACAACGGCAUGGCGGCCACCAAGGCAAUCCUGUCCUUGAGGCAGUGGGCGUACCUGGAGCUGGGCCUGGACAACGCCUUCGAGUUUGUGGUCAUGGCCACGCCUGAGGACCUAGAGGCGAACGCGGAGUUUAUCCGCCUGGCCAACUCCUAUGUGGAGGUGCCUGGGGGCAAGAACGUGAACAACUACGCGAACGUGGACUUGAUCGUGGACAUCGCCAAGAGCCAGGGCGUGGACGCCGUGUGGCCGGGCUGGGGCCACGCCUCCGAGAACCCCAAGCUGCCGGAUGGCCUCAAGGAGCUGGGCAUUGCAUUCAUCGGCCCCACGUCGCCGGUGAUGUCCGUGUUGGGCGACAAGAUUGCUGCCAACAUCUUGGCGCAGACCGCCGGGGUGCCAUCGAUCCCCUGGAGUGGGGACGGGCUCAAGGCGGAGCUGGGCGAGGAUGGGACCAUCCCCCAGGAGAUCUUCUUGCAAGGGACCGUCAGCACAGUGGAGCAGGCCAAGGAGAAGAGCAAAACGAUCGGCUUCCCGGUGAUGAUUAAGGCCUCCGAAGGCGGCGGCGGAAAGGGCAUCCGCAUGGUGCAGGAGGAGAAGGACCUCGAGAGCAAUUUUAUCCAGGUGCAGAACGAGGUGCCGGGCUCGCCCAUCUUCAUGAUGCAGCUCUGCCAGGGCGCGCGUCACAUCGAAGUGCAGAUCGUGGGGGACAUGCACGGCAACGCCGUGGCCCUGAACGGCCGGGACUGCUCCACCCAGCGCCGCUUUCAGAAGAUCUUCGAGGAGGGUCCGCCCGUGGUGGUGCCCAAGGACACCUUCCUGGAGAUGGAGCGGGCGGCUCAACGCCUCACUCAGAACAUUGGCUACAUCGGCGCCGGCACCGUGGAGUACCUCUACGACGCCAAGGAGAACAAGUUCUUCUUCUUGGAGCUGAACCCGCGGUUGCAGGUGGAGCACCCGGUCACGGAGGAGCUGACCCGAGUGAACCUCCCCGCCACACAGGUGCUGGUAUGCUGUGGGGUGCCCUUGGAGAACAUCCCGCAGAUCCGUAAGUUCUACGGUAAGAGUCCAGAGGACCUUACCUCGCCCAUCGACUUCCUCCAGGACAACUACGUGUACCCGGACCGGCACGUGCUGGCCUCCCGGAUCACGGCCGAGAACCCGGACGACGGGUUCAAGCCCACCAGCGGGAAGAUCGAGCGGAUCAAGUUCCAAAGCUCGGUGGCAUGCUGGGGCUACUUUUCCAUCGGCGCCAAGGGGGGCAUCCACGACUACGCGGACUCCCAGUUUGGGCACAUCUUCGCCCACGGCGCGAACCGCGAGGAAGCGCGGAAGGCCCUGAUGCUGUCCCUGAAGAACAUCGAGGUGGUGGGCGAGAUCCGGAACCCCGUGGAGUACUUGGUGGAGCUCUUGCAGCAGGAAGCCUUCAUCAACAACACCAUUGACACCUCCUGGCUGGAUGGGCUUAUCAAGGAGAAGUCGGUGACUCUGCGGUACAACAUCAACGACGUGGUCUUUUACGCCGCGGUCUUCCGCGCGGUGCAGACACUGAAGGCCUUCGACGAGGAAGUGCAGAAGGCGCUGAGCAAGAGCCAGCUGGGCCCCCUGCGGGACAUGGCAAAGAUGAACCACUUCCCGGUGGAGAUCACCUUCGAGGGGGUGAAGUACAACUUCCAGAUCGCCCGCUUGGGGCCCUCGCUGCUGGAGUUGGCCAUCGGCGGUCAGAAGUACCUCGCGCAGAUCAUGGCGCAGCCGGACGGCACCUUCUUGGUGUCCGUGGGAAAGACGGUGAUGCGGGUCAUGGGCUCCGACGAGGCCCUGGGCCUGCGCCUUCGCCUGGACGGCAUCGGCACCAUCAUGCUGCCCACGGUCUACGACCCCUCGGAGCUGCGCUCCGAGUUCAACGGCAAGGUGGUGCGAUACUUGCAGGAGAACGGGUCCAUGGUGAAGGAGGGAGAGCCCUACGUAGAGCUGGAGGCCAUGAAGAUGAUCAUGCCCAUCAAGGCCACCGCCACGGGGAAGGUGACGCACUUGCGGGGCGCCGGCAGCAUCGUCUCGGCCGGGGAGAUGUUGGGAAACCUGGAGCUCGAGGACCCCACGAAGGUGAAGAAGAUCGUGCCCUUCGACGGGGACUUCUCCAUCUCCGCGGGGGAGAAAGGCGUCGAGGAGGAGCGAGGCCUGCAGAGUCAGAUCGAGAUGGUGCUGGACGGUUUCACGGCGCAGGAGGACGGCUCCAUCAUGGCGCAGCGCCUCUUCUCGCAGCUCGGGGAGGCCGAGCGGGACGAGGUGGCCUGCGAGCUCAUGGACCGGUUCCUGGCGGUGGAGCAAAAGUUCUCCCCGUUGAUCGUGAAGAAGCUGACGAGCGACCAGAUCUACGCGGAGUUCAUCACCGAGAACAAGGAGAACUUGCCGGCUGUCGCUUCGCUUGCACUGGCGCACAGCCAGCUGUCCGCGCGAAGCGCCGUGGUGGUGGCAACUUUGCGGAGCCUGCGGACCCUGAACGACCCCUCCGUCAGGUUGUGCGAGAAGAUCCAGCAGCUGUCCGAGCUGGCCAACACAGGCGGCUACGGCGAGGUGGUGCUCGUUGCGCGCCAAUUCUUGGAGAUCAGCAGCUCGGUGCCCUUCGAGGAGCGCGUGGCCAAGCUCCGGAAGCUCUUGGAGGAGGCGGACCCAGACUUGGCGUCCAUGUCCGGCAUGCCAGCCAGCGAGGCCGGAACAGAGCUCAUUUCGGCCCUCCUCCUGGAUGACUCCACCAUGGUGCGAUCCAACGCGCUGAAUGCCUUGAUGAGGCGGCUCUAUCGAUCCUUCCCGAUCCAGGAUGUGGAGAUCACUGACGAGGGCGUGGGCAACAUGCGCUGUAACUUCAAGUUCCAGUUCCCCGGCACUGUGGACGCCAAGCUCUUCCGCCAGGCCCACGUGAAAGUGGUCAAGAAGUUCGCGGAGGUGCAGGAGGCCAUGCAGGAGGAGAUUCCCAUGACGGCCUCGGAGAAGAUGGCCAACACCCUGAAGGUGAUUGUGACCGAGCCGGACAUGGACUUCGAAGAGAUGAGCCGCUCCAUGGAGGGCAUUUUGGCGGCCGCGGAGAAGAAGCUGCAAGCCGCCGGCGUGCGCGAGGUGGGGCUGGUGGUGGCGAACAACCCCCACGCCCCGCGCUACUCCUCCUUCAUGGCGGAGGAGGGCUGGAAGGAGCGCCUCGCAUGCCGGGACAUGAAGCCGUCGCUGCCCAACGUGCUGGAAGUCUACCGCCUGUCGGAGGAGUAUCAGUUGGAGCCGGUGGUGCCCCCGGUGGGCCGCAACUCCAAGGUGUACGUGGGGACGCCCAUCGAUGUGAUCCCGUCCAAGCGGAGCCCCUCCACCAUCUUUGCCCGUAUGAUCAAGCACUCUUUGAAGGGCUUUCCGGAUGGGAAGAGUUGGUCCGACUCGCUGGAGAACCUGCUGCUGAAUGCGGUGGAUGAGAUCGAGCGCGCGCGCUUGAACCCCAAGAUCGGCUAUGGCCCCAACAGCAACAUUUUUGCGCACUUGCUCACCGUGGUGGAGAUGGAGGCCAAAGAGACCUUCGAGGUCCUGGAGGAGUUUGUGAACAACUUCGUCGCCAAGCACGGCAGCCGGCUGCAGAAGAGCAAGGUGGACGAGAUCGUGGUGAAGAUCGGCGUGGGCAGCAACUCCGAGCGGAAGCAGACUCUUCGCCUCACGGCCAGCUCCAUGACAGGCGAAUACCUGCGCACCAGCGGGGCACUGGAGACCUAUGAUCUCAUCACCGGCUCCCCCACGCAGUGGUUCGACCUGAAGAGCGGCUCCGAGGCGCAGCUGGCCUCCAGCAAGGCCAAGAACCGGCUGCAGCUGCGGCGCUCGGUGGCGCGGAACGCGGGGUCCACCUACGCCCCGGACUUCCUGGGCAUGCUGAAGAUCGAGCUCAUCAAGAAGUGGGGCAGCUACCACGGCAGCGGGGGCUCCCGCAAGAUGCCCUCCAACAUCUUCAGGUCCAAGGAGAGCUGGUGCUGGAGGAGGGGGAGAUCAAGGUGA